ACCUGUGCGCACAGACAGGAAGCGCGCGUUUCAUCGAACACAUUUUCACGCUUUCUGUUUUUACGCAGUUCUCACGCUACGGUCAGACGGACAACAGGACUGACAAGAGAGUAAAACUGAACUCACUGGAUACUUUGUGCACGCCUGAGAGAUGGCUUCAAGAGGCUUGGGUCUCUCUGAAGGACUGGACCAUGAUAUAAAUCAAGACGAGCUGGACUUUUCAGACUUGUUUCUGUACAACCCACCUGAGGAUUUUUCUAUUGGUCAUGACAAUGAUGACCCGCAUGGCCUACUCCCAAACCACUCCCACACCCCUCAGUUGGUGGUGGACUGUUCCAGUGCUUACCAUCUCUCCUCCUCACCCCAACUAGAACCAAAUCAGAACCCCACCGGAGAAGACCAGACCCAGUUCUCCUCACCCAUGGGUCUGUCCUCUCGUCCCUCCGAUAUCCCAGCCCCCAGUCCCAGGAUCGAGAUCACGCCUUCUGGAGACUCCCUAAACUCCCAACCACACACCCAGAAUCUGGGCUCCACAGCACUAGGUGCAUACAGGGAGUGUGCCAGCCCCGCCAGCAGUAACUCUUCUACAGGAUGGCCCACGGAAAACUGCUCCCCUCUGGCCUCACCCUGUCCCUCCCCGUCCAAUGGUGCAGGUUAUUGCGUCUCUGCUUUGGACCUCUGCCCUGGACUUCAAUCUAUCCGCACAUCAUCCACCCACUCCACCCCAGGCGGGUCACCCCACAACAGCAUCCCGGAUGACGCCUUCCUCGUCCCCCAACAACCUAACCUCCCCCCGCAACCAUCCCGCCCGCACCACCGCUCCCGCUCCUUAUCUCCACAGGGCAAACGCUCCUACCACCACCUCAACUCCUGUCCCGGGCCCACUCCCAUCAAACAGCGCUCCCGGAGCCCAAGUCCCAGUCCUGUCCCCUCUCCCAAUGAGGGGUCCUAUUACCUCCACCAGUACCAGACCACCACCCCCUUGCUGAAGGAGAUGUUGAGCAAUCCCAGUAAUUCCAUAGUGAUGCCUUCCAUGGUGGUUCACGCUCCACACAGGCCCAUACAGAGACAGGACUGCGUCUACGGGGAGGGGUUCGAGUGGAGCGGAGUGGAGCUGGACAGGGGAGUUAAAAAGGAGGGAAAGCCCGAAACCUUCUAUAUGGUACCAACAGUGUGGCCAGCUCCUCAUCCCACUCACCAUGGAGCGUUUAGUGUGUCCAUGGCCCCCCUGCCCUCCCUGGAGUGGCAACUACCGUCUGAGUUGGGGCAGUACAAGCUUGAGAUCCUGCAGCACCCCAGAGCAUUCCACCGGGCGCACUAUGAGACUGAGGGGAGCAGAGGAGCAGUGAAGACAGCCACUGGAGGACACCCAGAAGUACAGCUCUUUGGGUACUACGGCUCCUCUCCUCUCAGCCUACAGGUCUUCAUUGGUACUGCAGACGAGAAACUACUGAAGCCCCACUCAUUUUACCAGGUCCACAGAGUAACAGGAAAGACGGUUACAACUCACAGCCUGGAGAGAGCGAUCAACGGCACCAAAGUAUUAGAAAUCCCUCUGGAGCCCAAGAAUAACAUGAGAGUUGUGAUUGACUGCGUGGGGAUUCUGAAGCUAAGGAAUGCGGACAUUGAGCUACGAAAUGGGGAGACCGACAUCGGCCGUAAAAACACACGCGUGCGCCUGGUGUUCAGAGUGCACAUCCCUGAACCUGGUGGACAAUUGGUGUCACUGCAAAUCUGCUCCCUGCCCAUAGAGUGCUCCCAGCGAGCCCAGGAGAUGCCCACAGUGGAGAGACAGGACCUGGACAGAUGUUCGGUUCUUGGGGGACAACAGAUGGUUUUGACCGGGCUCAACUUCACCUCGGACUCCCGGGUCGUCUUCACAGAGAAAACACAAGAUGGAGAGCAGAUCUGGGAGGCUGAUGCAACAGUCGACAAGGACAAGACACAAUUUAACAUGCUGUUUGUUGAGGUCCCUCCAUAUCGAGAUAGGAGGAUUUGCCGCCCUGUCAAAGUCCACUUCUUUGUGAUCAAUGGGAAAAAGAACAUGAGCCAGCUGCAGCACUUCACCUACACUCCGCUCAUAGCCAUUAAAGCUGAACCAGUGGAUGACUACCAGGUGAAUUACAGCUACCAAGAAAACCUUGCAAUGUCUGGCCUCUCCAUGAAGUCCCUUUAUCAUCACACAGAGCAGGACAACACCCUCCAAGUUCUCGGGGUCUCUCCUACACUGUACAGCCAUCUUUCCACCAUAGACCCCCGAAUCCAUGGACUACUACCUGAUCAACUAGACACUUCUUAUCACCAAUACCUGUCUAACCCUUUGCUCUACCACAAGCAACGCUAUAACAACAAUUCUCCCACAAUAUCAUGUUCUACCACUCACCAAAAAGCUACUUUUUCCAAUCCCUGUGACACUAGCCAACAUGGAGAUGCCAUAGGGAGUUCUCAAGAAAUCAGAAGUUCAUAUCAGACACUGUUGGGGAAGUCACCACCAUCUAGACUGACCCAAGUCUGUAGACCAAAACCAAGCAGCGAAUCGACCAAUCAGGGAAACUCGGGAAGAAGUGACCAGGAAGAACCAGAGAGGACAACCGUGAAACAAGAACAUAUCAGCUACACUUAUCUGGAGGAUGUGAAUGACAUCAUAAGAAGAGACCUCACAGACCCCAGUUUGAAAUAAUUACAAUUUUGAAUUCUUAUACCCA